AUGCAGUCGGCAAAGAUGGUUUACUACCGUUUGCUGAUCUUCGCCCUAAUGAGUCGCCUAGCUGUGGAAGCGGCUGAUAACAAGCCGUUCCCGGUCGUCUGUCUUCUGCCAAAGCCGGAUGAGAAAUGUGUGAAGCCAGAAGAAAUAUUGGCCUCAGACUACUGCGACCAUAGCCGGGUGGUCACGCGUCAAGUGUUGGACCAAGCAAACGACCAGGUGAAGACGCCGAAUGCAGGGAAAGAAGAACCCGUUGUAGAAUGCCUUGGAUACCCGCCAAACUCACAGGGCUACCCAAACAUUAUUCCGCCGGGUUCAUCCGUAAACGAUGGCUGCCCUCUAGCGAACUUCAACUGGGAUGGAGCCCCGUUCCAAGGAAAUCUUAUGACCUGCGCCGCCUUCCCUUGCCAAAAGCGCAAUCGGAUCUGGUGCGACCUAUACAUUGAGGAUCCCGCCAAGGCCGAAGCGUGCGAACUGCCACCGCUUUGCGACUCCGAUGGGGUUGUAGACCGAAAGGCUUACCUCUACCCACACUUCGAGGGCGAUGCCACGCAUUUCAUUGUCGUCAACAAGACUUACUGCGAGAAAUUGUGCACACCAGAGAAAAACGACGGGGUGGGUUGCCGCAGGAUCCCCACGUGCCGAGAUGAGAAGCAUAAAAACCAGAGCCUUACCCAUCUGUUUGACAAGGAUAUCCCGAAAGACCACCUGGACUACGACCCAUUCUACGUGUUGUCAACCUGCCUCCCAUGGUGUUCAAAAGAAGAAUCGUUGAACCCCAAGUUGAAGCGAAAGCAGCCGUGCAACCCCCGUCCUAUUUUCAAAAACGGCGCAGGCCCCAACCCGUUCUUCGCCAAUGAGUAUGACGCGAUCGAACAAGCGGACGGCAAGAAAGGUUCUGGAUCGAACGUUGUCUACGCCGGUAUCCUGAGCAUUCUGGUCCUCUGUGCUAUCGUCAUUGGCUUCGCAAUUGGCGGGCUCUUCAUGUGGAAAAAGAAGAAGAUGGCUAAGCAAGCCGUUUUGGAUAGCGAGAAGAGCAGCGGGCCAAGCGUGCUUGUGAGGAACAACUCUUCUGUGAUGCCGACACAGGCUAGUGUAACUGCCAUCGUGACAUCAUCCGCCACGCCUUCUGCUCCAAAGAAGAAACUGACCGCCGAGGAAUACGUUGCACAGGUGAAGCAGCACAUGAAGAACAAGACUGACAAAUCGCUCGAGUCCGAAUCUUCCGAUCGUGAC